AUGGAUUUACAAUUAUUUUGCAUAUUUUUGCUAUUUCUGAACCUUAGAACAUUUACAUUUGGAAAAUCCAUCAGCGACGCAACAACCGACGAAUCAGAGUACGAAAGAGCUGAAUCGGAGGAAAGUGACGAGUUACUUGAACCAGUCAUACGUUACAACAACGUUUGCGGAGGAGUACUGGCUCAUGACAAAAGUCCUAUUGAAAUUUCGAUUACAUUGAAGAAUGAAUCCAAGAAAUGCACUUGGACUAUCGAGGCUCCAGAAGGUCGUAGAAUCGAACUUUUUUAUCAUACGAUGGGAUGUUUUUCUACGGUUUCCGACUGCACUAAGGAUAAAGCAUACGUCUACACAAUUUAUGACGGCAGUAGUGAGAAUGAUUCGGAUCUUUUAUACGAUUCCAGAAGCGUCGGAUCAACGCUACAGCCGUUCAUUUCCAGUGGAAAGGAAGUAACAGUUGAUGUUUACUAUAGGCAAGACCUGAGAAGUGAGAAAAAUAUAUCUUAUGAUAUAGCAUUACGCUUUAAAUAUGUAUAGAUAUACCCGAGUUUUGUAAAAAGUUACUAUUUAUUUAUUUUUUCGUAUACUCAAUAAACUUUUUUACACAAUCAAA